UGGUGACAAAAGCCUUCGACACAGUGGCGUUGGAUUUGAGCUCUGCGCUUUUUAAAUGUGUAUGGUUAUAUUUGCUCCGAUUUUUGCCAUCUGUGCUUUUGCAACAUGUGGAGGAAACCAUGGUCAUCUCCAGGUUAAAGUGGACUGUGCAGACAGGCGGCAGAGCAACCACAGCAUCAACAUUGAUUUUGGUUAUCCUUUCCGAUUACAACAAGUGCAUUUCAAAGCUUCUCUGUGCGAGGCGAGAAGAAACGAGGUUGUGUUCCUGGAUGGCGACUUUUCUUCAGCUGCUCAGUUUUUCGUGACGGUGGGCGUCUUUGCGUUCCUCUACUCACUGCUGGCGACCAUCGUCUACGUGUUCUACCAGAACAAGUACCUGAGGAACAACAGAGGCCCACUUGUGGAUUUUGUUGUCACAGUCAUCUUCUCCCUCAUGUGGCUGGUCAGCAGCUGUUGUUGGGCCAAAGCUCUGUCUGAUAUCAAAACGGCCACAAACCCAACGCAGGUGCUUCUGCUCAUCUCAGCCUGCAGAGCUCAGGAAAACAAAUGCACAGUUACCCAGGAGCCUCUUUGGUCACGUCUGAACACAUCUGCGGUAUUUGGUUUCGUUAACGUGGUCCUCUGGGUGGGAAAUAUUUGGUUUGUCUUCAAAGAGACAGGCUGGUAUAAGACCGGUCAGAGAUACCCGACCAGGAGUGCUUCUGGGAAACGCUCCAGCGAAAUGCGACAGCGACUUUACAGCGAGAGCAGCUUCGACCAACCGGAGGAGAGUUUUGGUCAGUCCCAGUUCUCCAGACAAGACAGUGUGAAUCAGUCAAAGGGAGAUUUCGGUCCGCAGGUCCAAAGACAAGUCAGCUUCAACCAGUCACAAGUUACACUCAGCUUACCACAGACGUAUCUUGGUAAACCUGUGAUUUAUGACAGGGAGAAUAAAGUGGCUUCUCAAGGGCCCAUGAUAUAUGUCAAUGAGAUAUGAUUCUACUCUGUUUGAUAGUGCUGCAUGCUGUAAAAAGUAUUAUUCUCAAUCAGAUGAUCAACGGAAUGAAGAAUGAAACCACAGAGAGUCCUUCUUAUGACAUACAUAGUGACUCCAUCUGGAUAAAUGGAUGGAGUUUAGCUCCAGUUGUGUGACAGUGUGAGAUGAUCAUUACUUGAGGCUGUGAGACAAUUUUAUGGAUUCAGAAAAACAGUAAUAACUGUACAAGUCUGUCUGAUAAGUUGAUAUUAUAUUAGUUAGUUAGCACCCUGCGUGCUCGGUGUUAUUCCACCAUGGGUUUGCAAUCAGCAGGCAGGAUGAGUCAGCCAAUAAGGACAUUGAUUCCAAGGAUGA